AUGUUUCGUCGUAUGGCCGUGACUUCGUUGCAGAAGGGUCUUUCACGCCGAGCUUUCUGCAACACCCCGCGACUUCUUAACCUGGACUACCAAGCAUAUAAGACUGCCACGGUGCGCGAGGCAGCACCUGAGUGGGCAGGAAAGGCUGUCGUGAAUGGAAAAAUCCAGGACAUCAGCUUGAAUGACUACAAGGGCAAGUAUGUUGUUCUUCUUUUUUAUCCUAUGGAUUUUACCUUUGUGUGCCCCACGGAAAUCACAGCCUUUUCAGAUGCUCAGGCUGAAUUUGAUAAGAUUAACACCCAGGUCGUGGCUGUAUCGUGCGACAGCCAAUAUUCACACCUUGCUUGGAUAAACACUCCAAGAAAUAAAGGUGGCCUUGGGGAAAUGAGUAUUCCUGUGCUUUCUGAUCUCACCAAGGAAAUUGCCCGCGACUAUGGAGUUUUGAUCGAGGAGCAAGGGAUCUCUCUGCGCGGACUGUUCAUCAUUGACGAUAAAGGGAUUCUGCGCCACAUCACGGUGAAUGACUUACCAGUGGGCAGAAAUGUUGAAGAGGUGCUUCGGGUUGUGCAGGCGUUUCAGUAUGUGGACAAAAACGGAGAUGUAAUUCCAUGUAACUGGAGGCCAGGCAAACCGACAAUGAAAACUGAGAAGGCAAAUGAAUAUUUUGAGAAAAACGCAUAA